GAAUGAUAUUCGGGGUACACGGAUAUGAAGAAGGAAGCGCGUUUCACUUUGCUCGUGCUGAUGAAACUUUCUCCGCAUUUUGAUUUAAUGAAAGAUUUCACCUGAACUCGUGCUUUGACCCGUAAUUUGUAAAAUGGCUAGCUCAAUGGUGGCUGCCGGUCUUGGCCUGGCCGCUGUUGGGUUCGCUGGUCGUUACAUUCUCCGCAGAAUGCCCAACAUGGCGCAGCAGAUGAGCGAAGCGAUGAAAACGUUCCCAAAUUUGGAGGAAGCUUUAUCCACGAGUAAAUAUUAUAAGGGAGGAUUCGAACCGAAGAUGAAUAGGAGGGAGGCCUCACUUAUCUUAGGGAUAUCACCGGCAGCGUCAAAGGCUAGAAUUAAGGAAGCCCACAAGAGAAUAAUAACCUUAAACCAUCCCGACAGAGGAGGAUCGCCAUACGUUGCGUCAAAAAUUAACGAAGCUAAAGAUUUAUUAGAAAAAUAUGCUGCAAGUGGUCCCGGCCAAGCGUCGAAACGAUCAUCUGGAAUGGGAAUGUAGUAGGUUUAGAUAAGACCGAGUAGUUUAUAUAAGACAAAGUUUAUUGUAAAUGAAUCAAUAUUUUAUUGCAACUUUUA